AUGGCUGGAGGCUUAGCAAUCCAUGGUACGACAGAUACGUCCCGCAUCGAGGCGCCCGUCACCCUCAAGGCCUAUUUGAUGUGUGCGUUUGCCGCAUUUGGAGGUGUCUUCUUCGGAUAUGACACUGGCUGGAUGGGUGGUAUCAUGGGAAUGAAGUAUUACAUUCGACAAUACACUGGACUCGAAAUUUGGAGAUUCUACCAAGUCAGCGCCGCUUCAGCCGAACUAUUACCCUGGCCAAACGCCUCCCAAGCUGAGAAGGACGCCUUUGUUCUCCCAGGAUGGCAACAAUCUCUCUUGACCGGCAUUCUUUCCUGUGGUACAUUCUUCGGUGCCAUCAUCGCUGGUGAUGUAGCCGAUCGGAUCGGCCGUCGCUGGACCAUUAUUGUUGGCUGCGUGACCUUUUCCAUUGGUUGUAUCUUGGAGACUGCGUCCACUACGCUGGCUGUAAUGACUGUCGGUCGUCUUAUUGCCGGCACUGGUGUUGGGUUUAUUUCUGCUAUUAUCAUCUUGUACAUGUCAGAAGUUGCCCCCAAGAAAGUCCGCGGUGCUUUGGUCGCCGGAUACCAAUUCUGCAUCACCAUCGGCAUUCUCCUGGCUAACUGCGUCGUCUACGCCACACAAAGCCGUGACGACACUGGCUCAUACCGCAUUCCAAUCGCGGUUCAAUUCCUCUGGGCUCUUAUCCUCGGUGUAGGAUUGUUCUUCUUGCCAGAAUCCCCACGUUACUUCGUCAAGAAGGGAAGGCUUACCGAGGCAGCCAAUGCACUUAGCAGCGUCCGUGGCCAACCUAUUCAAUCAGAGUAUAUCCAGGACGAGCUUGCCGAAAUCAUUGCAAACAACGAGUACGAGCUCUCUGUCGUUCCUCAGACUUCCUAUAUGGCCAGCUGGACCAACUGCUUCCAGGGUGGUUUGUCAGACGCCAAUAGCAACCUCCGACGAACUCUUCUUGGUAUCGGACUUCAGAUGAUGCAACAGUUGACCGGAAUUAACUUCAUUUUCUACUAUGGUGUCGUUUUCUUCGCCUCGCUCAAGACAAUAUCCAACCCCUUCUUGAUCAGUUUGGUUUCUACCUUGGUCAACGUCUUAUCUACCCCGGUCUCAUUCUGGAUGGUCGAGAGAUUUGGUCGCCGCAACUUGCUCAUCUUUGGUGGAACUGGAAUGGUUAUCUCGCAAUACAUUGUUGGUAUCAUUGGUGUCACCGUCGGUGGCGACAAGGGCGAUCAGACCAACAAGGCCGCCGUCGCAGCCAUGAUCGCCUUUAUCUGCAUCAACAUCAGCAUGUUUGCCAUGACCUGGGGUCCGUGUGCCUGGGUAGUAGUGGGGGAGGUGUUCCCCCUGCCCAUCCGAUCCCGUGGAGUCGGUCUAUCUACCGCGUCCAACUGGUUUUGGAACUGCAUCAUCGCCAUCAUCACCCCAUAUCUCGUCGGCAAGCAGUACGCCAACCUGUCCUCCAAGAUCUUCUUCAUGUGGGGAUCUCUCUGUGUGAUUUCCGUCCUCUUCGCAUAUUUCCUUGUGCCUGAGACCAAGGGUCUGUCUCUCGAGCAGGUUGAUCGUAUGUUGGAAGAGGUUACACCAAGGAAGUCACGUGGCUGGGUUCCUCACUCUACCUUCGCAUCUGGAAUGGCUCUUGGUGAGAGGGGAAUCACCCUCAAUGAUGAGAAGCACAGUGUGACCCAUGCUGAGACGCAGAACUCUGCGCCUAAUAGAAGCUUUGCCUAG